AGGGCGUGAGAUCACGCACGCGCGCUUUCUCACGUUCGAGCAAGCUCUCGCGGGUGUUGUUCUUCGGCCUUCGCUGUCUCUUUUUAGAACCCUAAUUUCUCAUCCCAGUUCACAAUGUUCCCGGAACUCAAUAACCUUCUCAGCACCACCCCAGACAGGACGGAGCAGGGGAAACUGACUCUGCUCUGUGAGGCCAAGACAGAUGGCAGCUUUCUCGUGCAUCACUUCCUCUCCUUCUACCUCAAAGCUAAUUGUAAAGUCUGCUUUGUGGCACUCGUCCAGUCCUUCAGCCACUAUAAUAUUGUGGCACAGAAACUGGGUGUCAGCCUGACAGCAGCUCGGGAGCGAGGGCAGCUCGUGUUCCUGGAGGGCCUCAAGUCCUCCGUGGACAUCUUCUUCCGUGCUCAGGAGGAGCCCCAGGCCCUGCAGUUCCUCAGGGAGGAAAGUACAGGGAACCUGCAGUCGCUGUAUCAGUUUGUACGGGACUCCCUGAAGCCCGUGGACAGCGGGGAGACUCCGUGGAAGUUCCCAGUGCUGCUGGUGGACAACCUCAGUGUGCUGCUGAGCCUGGGCCUGGGAGCAGUGGCUGUGCUGGACUUCAUGCAGUACUGCAGAGCCCGGGUUUGCUGUGAAUUGAAGGGAAAUGUGGUAGCCCUUGUGCAUGACGACCAAGAUGCUAAGGAUGAGGAGAAUGACAUCCUGCUGAAUGGCCUUAGUCAUCAGAGCCACCUGGUCCUGCGAGCUGAGGGCCUGGCCACUGGAUUCUGCAAGGAUGUACAUGGACAGCUCAGGAUCCUCUGGAGGAAGCCGCAGCCCACAUCCCGGCGGGAUAGAAGCCUCACUUACCAAUACAAGAUACAGGACAAGAAUGUGUCCUUUUUUGCCAAGGGAAUGUCUCCUGCUGUUCUGUGACCUGGUUUGGAGACAACUGAAGUGACUUUGGGUGGUUUUGUGUGUGGAAGAUAAAGCAUCCGGGCAGGAAUGGGCCUUCAGCCUUGGGCCCAUACUUCAGGCUGGACCGCAGCUCCACCGUGACCAGGGAGGUGGCAUGGUGCUGUGAAGGUGUGGAUGCCUUUGUUCCCCAGCGCUCUGCUCAGUGAACACGGUGAGGAAUCUACGCGUGGCUCCUGCUGAGAGCGGCUGGCUGCAUGGUGAACCCUAGCAGAACAGUCCCUUGGAGCAUCCCUCGUGACGUCAGCCUCACCUGUCUGUUUUUGCUGGCUGUGCCUUUAAGAGCCACUGUGAUAGAGUGAAGCAGUCAGGACGUUGUCCUGAAUGGCAGUCAUCCUGGCUGACAACUAGGACAAUGACGGCUGGAAUAAAAAAGCUUCUCACA